AAAAAGUAAAAACACAAAAAAGGACUCGUGUAAGCUCUGCUUGCGUGAUGCGUGGUAUAGUGUAAGUGAUGACACGGCCAAAGAGCUUAAAAAACCCUUUCACUCGCUUCGAAAAUGGCGGUUUCUUGGAUUUCAUUCAUGAUUUAUGGAGAAAAUCCAACAUUCAAACCCUAGCGAUCUUUGUUUUUGGUUGAUUUAGCUGUAAAUUUAUUCAGAUAGCGCGCGCGAGUGAGAGAGAGAGAAGAGAUGGGAGAGAUUCCGAAGGUAUUGUACAUAAUGGUAGUGGACGAAGGCGAGAAGAAGGAGAAGGAGAAGGAGAUGUCGUCGUUUCGGUACACGCGUCCCGUUCUUCAGAGUACUCUUCAGCUCAUGGGAUGCAAAGCUCGUCAUGCUUUCAAGAUUAGCCAGAGUGUUUUUGAAUUGAUAAGAAGUGAUCCAUUUUACAAGUCUCUACAUUAUGAGGGAAACGAGAUCUUAAAUUCUGAUAGUUUCAAAGGGAACUCUGAAAGGGAAGACGUUCGUCCCACCAAUGGUAACUUUGGCGGAGCAGAGGCAGGCAGCUGCUUAGUCUCAGAUAAAGAUGAUGGAAAUAAGACCAUACCAUUUGAGCUGUACAAAAGACGUACCACGGUUGUUGUUAGAAGGGAAACUUUCUUGGAUGUUGUCUGUGAAGCUCUGGCUGAAUAUAAGUAUGUGGGUCCAAACCAGAGAGCUGACUUGAUUUUGGCAAGCAGAAUACGAGAGAGGAAGGAAUCUGUAACUGUGCUGUUGUGUGGCACUAGUGGUUGUGGCAAAUCUACUUUGUCUGCUUUGCUGGGUGGUAGGUUGGGAAUUACAACUGUGAUUUCUACGGACUCUAUUCGCCACAUGAUGAGGAGUUUUGCGGAUGAGAAGGAAAAUCCUCUACUGUGGGCUUCAACCUAUCAUGCUGGGGAGUGUUUGGAUCCUGUGGCAGUUGCAGAAGCGAAGGCUAGAAAACAGGCAAAAAAGUUGGCAGGCAUUGCUCAAUCACUUCCCAAGGGUGAGGUAGCUGAUGGUUCUUCAGCCAAGGGGUCCCAUCCAAUGGAGGGUAGUUCUGCUAGUACUGAAUUGAUCAGUUCCAAACAGAUGGCAGUUGAAGGAUUCAAGGCACAAAGUGAGAUGGUAAUAGACAGUCUAGACAGGUUGAUUACUGCGUGGGAAGAGAGGAAAGAGUCUGUAGUUGUCGAGGGUGUUCACUUGAGCCUUAAUUUUGUUAUGGGGCUUAUGAAGAAACAUCCCUCAAUUAUACCAUUCAUGAUAUAUAUUACAAAUGAAGACAAACACUUGGAAAGAUUUGCAGUUCGUGCGAAGUACAUGACAUUGGACCCUGCAAAAAAUAAGUAUGUAAAGUAUAUAAGGAAUAUUAGGACGAUACAAGAUUAUCUAUGUAAACGAGCUGACAAGCACUUGGUCCCCAAAAUAAACAACACAAAUGUCGACAGAAGUGUGGCAGCCAUACAUGCAACAGUUUUCAGUUGCCUCCGCAGGCGUGAAGCUGGGGAGUCACUUUAUGAUCCUAUAACAAACACAGUUGCUGUGGUUGAUGAGGAAUACCGGAACCAGUGUGCUGCCAAUUCACUGAGCUCCAAGGGUAUGUUUCAGUUGAUCCAGAGGAAGGGUUCUUGUAGGCAACUGAUGGCCCUUCUUAACACUGAUGGAUCUGUAGCUAAAGCUUGGCCAGUAGAAUCAAUUGAUAGCAAUGGAAGGCCCAUCUCUGGCUAUGGAACUGAGGGUGGAAUAGGCAUUCCUUUAUAUGGACCUUUAAAAAUUGGCAAAGCCGAACCUGUUAAUCUUCAAUUUGGUCACUUUGGAAUUAGUGCCUGGCCUAGUGAUGGUGGCACAAGUCGUGCUGGAAGUGUGGAUGAGUCGAGAUAUGAUGGGACUGAAAAUAGCAGUAGAUACCAAUCUUCUUGCUGUAGCUCACCGAGGAUGUCCGAUGGUCCAGCAAAAGAGGUAGCCUGUUGCAAUCUUAAGGAGGAAAACUCAGUCUAUGGCAGCGAUGAAGAAGUUGAUGAUCAACCUGAGGUGGACACUGAUGAGGAUUUUAGUGAUGAUGGUGAUAAAGAGGUCCAUGAAGAGGUAGGUUCAGUUGAUGAAGGCUCAACAAAGUCGGACGAAGAGUACGAUGAUUUGGCAUUGCAAGAUGGAAUGAAGAAUGGCUACAGCCCUGAUGACGACGACGACUACAAUCGCGAUAACGUGGUGAUGUUUUCCGGGGACCAACAAGCAACUUCCUCAGAAGGGGAUAAAUAUAACAAGAACUUGGACCUCUUCCUUAGAAGUAUAAGAAAGCAGUUUUCUGAGCCGCUAUGCUCCUACUCUUCACUUCUCACGGAGAAGAUUGAGAAGGGCAACGUUAAAAUGCGAAAACGGUCUCUGAGUAUUUCAGCCUUGGGGAAUCGUGGAUCAAUAAUAGGGGAUCCCAUACUUUCACGGGCACCUGAGAGAUGGCAAAAUAGUCUAGUUCAUGGCAUUUAGUUAGUUUUUUUUUUUUGGUUUUAUAAAGAUGUGGCUUUGUCGUUAAUUACCGGGUAAUCUAUGCCAAGUUCCUCCCCUGCUCACUUUCUUCUCUCGUGCAUGGUGGGCAAAUGGCAAUGAGCUUUGAUGUUUUGGUUUUCUGAUCAAAUUUUGGGUCUAAAUUUCAAAGCUUGAGUUGGCCUGAGUAAAUUAGUGUCAAUAAUUUGAAUUAUUCAAUAAUUUAUAACCUGAAUUACCAAUAA